CACCUCUCCUCCAUCUUCUUCUCUAAGUCUCUCUCUCUCUCUCUCUCUCAAACACACACUACAGAGCUCUCCUCUCUCUCUCUCUCUCUCUCUCUCUCUAUACAAUGGCGGUUGAUUCUGUUUUGUCAUCUCCUCUAGGACCUCCGGCUUGCGAGAAGGACGCGAAGGCGCUUCGAUUCAUCGAAGAGAUGACGAGAAAUGCCGACUCCGUUCAAGAGAACGUGUUGUCCGAAAUACUGUCUCGGAACGCCCAAACGGAAUACCUCCGGCGAUUCAAGCUCUCCGGAGCAACCGAUCGAGACGCUUUCAAAUCCAAAAUUCCGGUGAUUACUUACGAAGAUCUUCAACCUGAGAUUCAGCGAAUUGCCAAUGGUGAUCGUUCCCCGAUCUUGUCUGCUCAUCCGAUCUCCGAGUUUCUCACUAGCUCUGGUACGUCGGCUGGUGAAAGAAAACUCAUGCCGACGAUUCGUGAAGAGCUGGAUCGUCGUCAGUUGCUAUACAGUCUUCUUAUGCCUGUCAUGAACUUAUAUGUGCCGGGUUUGGACAAAGGCAAAGGACUUUACUUCUUGUUUGUGAAGUCCGAAACAGAGACUCCGGGUGGGCUUUUGGCCCGGCCAGUUCUUACCAGUUACUACAAGAGUGAACACUUCAAGACCCGGCCCUACGACCCAUACAACGUUUACACAAGUCCAAACGAAGCCAUACUCUGCCCCGACUCAUUCCAAAGUAUGUACACCCAAAUGCUCUGCGGCCUAUUAGAGCACAAACAAGUGCUCCGAGUCGGAGCCAUCUUCGCCUCCGGACUAAUCCGGGCCAUCCGGUUCCUCCAACUCAAUUGGGCACAACUCACCCAUGAUAUCCACACCGGAACUCUCAACCCGAAAAUCACCGAUCCAUCAGUUCGGGAGUGCAUUACCCAAAAGAUAAAACCCGACCCGGUACUUGCAGAUUUCAUUGCAGCAGAGUGUUCAAAGGACAAUUGGGAAGGAAUUAUUACUAGAAUUUGGCCCAACACAAAGUACUUGGAUGUGAUUGUAACGGGUGCGAUGGCCCAAUACAUUCCGACCCUGGACUACUACAGUGGCAGGUUGCCCCUAGCUUGCACCAUGUACGCUUCGUCGGAGUGUUAUUUUGGACUCAAUCUCAACCCGAUGUCAAAACCCUCUGAAGUCUCAUAUACCCUCAUGCCAAACAUGGCCUACUUCGAGUUCCUCCCUCACGAACCCAACUCAGCCGAGUCAACCCGCUACUCGCCACCCAAACUCGUUGACCUCGCUGACGUGGAAGUGGGAAAGGAAUACGAACUCCUGGUCACCACCUACGCCGGACUCUGCCGAUACCGAGUCGGCGACAUCCUCCGAGUUACCGGGUUCCACAACUCAGCUCCGCAAUUCCACUUUGUACGGAGAAAAAACGUGAUACUCAGCAUCGACUCGGACAAGACCGACGAGUCCGAGUUACAGAAAGCGGUCGAGAACGCUUCGCAACUCUUGAAAGAGUUCAACACGAGCGUUGUGGAGUACACGAGUUACGCCGAUACGAAGACGAUUCCGGGUCACUACGUGAUUUACUGGGAACUGUUAGCGAAGGAUUCGGGUAACUCGCCGAGUGAAGACGUGUUGGCUCAGUGUUGUUUGGCGAUGGAGGAAUCGCUUAACUCGGUAUACCGACAAGGCCGAGUCGCGGACAACUCGAUUGGAGCUUUGGAGAUCAGGGUAGUGAAGAGUGGGACCUUUGAGGAGCUAAUGGAUUAUGCGAUAUCGAGAGGAGCGUCCAUUAAUCAGUAUAAGGUGCCGAGGUGUGUUAGCUUCACACCCAUCAUGGAGCUUUUGGAUUCGAGAGUGGUGACGGCGCAUUUUAGCCCGUCUUUGCCUCAUUGGACUCCUGAACGCCGUCGGUGAAGUGAGAAGAAGAUUCCUAAGAUUUUAAUUACUUUCUUGUAUGUUUUUUUUUUUUUUUUUUUUUUUUUUCUUGUAUGUUUUUUUUUUUUUUUUUUGAUUUUUUUUGAUUUUUUUUGAUAGGUUGUUUUUGUGAUUAGAUCUUUAAUUUGUGUUGGAAUUAGUCAAUCUGUAUUAAAAAAGAAAUGUAACAUUUCAGUCUUAAAAGUAUUUAACUUUUUUCA